GCAUGGUGGGGGUAAGGCGAAGGCGGCAAGAUGGGGGACAGCUUCCUGCACCUCGGGGACAUCGUGUCGCUGUACGCGGAGGGCUCUGUCGCCGGCUUUCUCAGCACGCUGGGGUUGGUGGACGACAGAUGCGUGGUCUGCCCGGAGGCCGGCGACCUCACUGAUCCACCCAAGAAGUUCCGAGAUUGCCUGUUCAAGAUAUGCCCCAUGAACAGGUACUCCGCUCAGAAGCAGUUCUGGAACACCGCCAAGCAGUCGGCCAACGCCAGCGCUGACGCCGACACGGGGCUGCUCAAAAGAUUGCACCAUGCCGCCGAGAUAGAGAAGAAGCAGAAUGAAAUGGAGAACAAAAAGCUUCUGGGCACAGUGGUGCAGUAUGGCAGUGUACUGCAGCUGCUGCAUGUCAAGUCCAAUAAAUACCUCACAGUAAACAAGAGACUUCCCGCACUGCUGGAGAAGAACGCAAUGCGCGUGCACCUAGACGCUAAUGGCAAUGAGGGCUCGUGGUUUUAUGUGAUACCGUUCUACAAGCUGCGCUCUACAGGCGACAAUGUGGUGGUGGGAGACAAGGUGAUACUGAACCCCGUGAACGCCGGCCAGCAAGUUCUACACGUGUCUUCCAACCAUGAGCUGCCAGACAAUGCUGGCUGCAUGGAGGUGAACGUGGUGAACUCGUCCACGUCGUGGAAGGUGACGCUGUUCCUGGAGCACAAAGAGAACCAGGAGGAGAUGUUGAAAGGCGGUGACGUAGUGCGGCUGUUCCACGCCGAGCAGGAGAAGUUCCUCACCAUGGACGAGUACCGGCGGCGGCACCACGUGUUCCUGCGCACCACGGGCCGCUCCAGCGCCACCGCCGCCACCAGCAGCAAGGCUCUGUGGGAGAUUGAGGUAGUACAACACGACCCGUGUCGCGGCGGUGCUGGUCACUGGAACUCCAUAUUCCGCUUCAAACAUCUCGCCACGGGACACUAUCUGGCGGCAGAGGCGUGCAUUAAACAGGACGGUGCAGGUGACGAGGUGGAAGGCGAGGAGCCGGCUUACCAGCUCAUCUCGGUGCCGCACUCGUCCGAGAUAGCGACGCUGUUCGAGCUGGAUCCCACCACCAUGACGCACUCCGACACGCCCGUGCCGCAGAGCAGCUACGUCAGAUUGCAACAUUUAUGCACGCACACAUGGGUCCAUUCCACGUCGAUACCCAUAGACAAGGAAGAAGAAAAACCUGUCAUGUCGAAGGUAGGCUGCUCAGUGAUCAAGGAGGACAAGGAGGCGUUCGCGCUCAUCUCCGUGUCACCCAGUGAGGUGAGGGACCUGGACUUCGCCAACGACGCCUGCAAAGUGCUGUCAGCCCUCUCCACUAAACUGCAGACCGGGAACAUCGAGCACAAUGAGAUGAAGGCACUAACCUGUCUUCUCCAAGACAUAGUCUACUUCAUAGCGGGCUUCGAGAACGAGCCCAACAAAUCCAAGGCAUUGGAUCUGGUGGUGGAGAACCCGAACCGAGACAGACAGAAACUGCUGAGGGAACAGUACAUACUACGGCAGCUGUUUAAAAUACUGCAGGGACCUUUUCAAGAGUCUCCAGAAGGGGAAGCAUUUCUCAAGAUCGAGGAGUUAUAUGACCCGCGCUACGCGCCCUACAAGUUCAUCUUCAGACUGUGCUAUCGGAUACUACGUCUCAGCCAACAGGACUAUAGGAAGAACCAGGAGUACAUCGCGAAACACUUCGGCUUCAUGCAGAAGCAGAUCGGCUACGACAUCCUCGCUGAAGACACCAUCACGGCGCUGCUGCACAACAACAGGAAACUGUUGGAGAAACAUAUCACAGCUUCAGAGAUCGAGACCUUUGUUGGUUUGGUGCGCAAGAACAUGAAAACGUGGCAGUCUAGAUUUUUGGAUUACCUGAGCGACUUGUGCAUCUCGAACAAGAAGGCCAUCGCCGUGACACAGGAGCUCAUCUGCAAGAGCGUUCUCUGCGCCAACAACGCUGACAUACUCAUUGAGACCAGAUUGGUGACGACAAAAUAUCAGACAGUGUCAGAGUCCGACGCCGCCGAGAGCGAUGUGUCGGUGGAAGAUGACGUCAUGCUCCUGUGGAACAACAAAAAGUGCUCCGCUCUGCUGUCCACGCUGGCCAAGGAGUCGGCGGCGGACCCGCGCAGCGAGGCGGCGGCCAUCUUGGACUACUACCGCCACCAGCUCGACCUGUUCUCCAAUAUGUGUCUCAACCGGCAGUAUCUCGCGCUCAACAGUCUCUCGCAACAGCUGCAUAUCGAUCUCAUACUCAAGUGCAUGUCGAGCGCGGCGCUGUCGCACGAGCUGCGCGCGUCGUUCUGCCGCCUGAUGCUGCACCUGCACGCGGACCGCGACCCGCAGGAGCCCGUCACGCCCGUCAAGUACGCGCGCCUGUGGGCCGAGGUGGCCGGCACCAUUCACGUGCACGACUACCAGUGCGUGAAGGGCGGCGCGGAUGCGACUCGCGAGCUGGUGAAGAAGCAGUUCGCGUCCACCAUCCGCUUCGUGGAGGACUACCUGUGCAACGUGGUCACCGGCACGUGGUACAUCAGCGACCACGACCAGAACAAGCUCACCUUCGAAGUGGUCAAGCUGGCCAGGGAGCUGAUCUACUUCGGCUUCUAUAGCUUUAGCGACCUUCUGAGGCUAACAAAGACGUUGCUCGGUAUCUUGGACUGCGUCACCGCUAUGGACCUGCUGAACGAAACGAGCAGCCUGUCGGGUGAAGUGGAGUCGGAAGGAGGAGUAUUGCGUAGUAUCGGAGACAUGGGAGCCGUGGUCACGUCCAUCACACUUGGAUCCGUGCCGCGGAAUGGUCAGCAGGGGUCGAGCAGUGGUGCGCAGCGGAGCCCCUCGGCGCUGGCGCUGGCGAGGAAGCACCCGCUGGUCAUGGAGACCAAGCUGAAGAUUAUAGAAAUAUUACAGUUCAUCCUCGAUGUCCGGCUGGACUACCGCAUCAGCUGCCUGCUGUCCAUAUUCAAGAAGGAGUUCGAACAGUCCGGAGAAAAGACGGACACUAUCGGACGGGCUGAUGUAGAAGCUAUAGGUCUGCAGGCGGAAGGCAUCUUCAGUUGUCGAGACGGUCUGGAUCUGGACGGCUGCGGCGGGCGCGUGGUGUUACGGGUACUCUUGCAGCUGUGCUCGCAGGGCGCCUCCGCGGCGCUGGUGUCCGGGGCCCUGGCGCUCCUGUUCCGGCACUUCAGUCAACGGCAGGAGGUGUUGGCGGCCUUUAAACAGGUCCAAUUGCUAGUGUCGGAUGCAGACGUAGAGUCGUACAAGCAGAUCAAGGCAGACCUCGACAUCUUGCGUCAGAGCGUGGAGAAGUCGGAGCUGUGGGUGUUCAACAAGGGACGGAACGGAGCCUUAGAUGACAACGAUAUAAAAGGCACGGUCGGUCCAGGCGGCGCAGUGCUGGAGCGAAACGCAUCUCUUGAUAAUGUCCUCGACACAUCCAGAGCCGCCAAGUACGACCACAUGAACGAGUAUAAGAAAAUCAAAGAGAUCCUGGGACGCAUGAUAAAGUACUGCACGCAGGGCAACAACGGCGCAGACGUCGCCACGGGCGAGGUGUCGUCGCCCCGCCCGCGUCGCCACGAGCAACGGCUGCUGCGCAAUAUUGGCGUGCACAACAUCGUACUCGAUCUGCUGCAGGUCCCUCACGAUGAAAACGACGCAGCGAUGGACGAGCUGCUGGCGCUGGCGCACGAGUUCCUGCAACACUUCUGCCACGGCAACCAGCAGAACCAGGCCAUCCUGCACAAGCAUCUCGACCUGUUCCUUAACGCUGGGAUUCGGGAAGCGCAAACAGUUUGCGCUAUCUUUGAAGAGAACGCAGCGCUUUGCGCGCACGAAGGCAACGACAAAGUCGCUGCGCACUUUGUACACUGCAUCGAGUCUCACGGACGAAGACCUGCGUAUUUGCGCUUCCUGCGUACUAUUGUGAAGGCCGGCGGACAGCACAUACGGCGCAGCCAGGACUUGGUCAUGCAGGAGAUGGUGAACUCUGGGGAGGAUGUCCUCGUGUUCUACAACGACAAAGUGACAUUCAACUACUUCAUACAAAUGAUGCGGACGUACAAACGUACUGGCGAGAUGCCUGAAGCUUUGACGUACCACAUUGACCUAGUGAAGUUGCUGACUUGUUGCACUCUCGGCAAGAAUGUGUACACGGAGAUCAAGUGCCAUAGCCUUUUGCCAUUGGAUGACAUAGUGGCCAUGAUCACUCACCCUGACUGCAUACCAGAGGUGAAAGAAGCGUACGUGGGUUUCCUAAACCACUGCUACAUCGACACUGAGGUGGAAAUGAAGGAGAUCUACUCCAGCAACUACAUGUGGGACCUGUUCGAGAGGUCCUUCCUGGAGGACAUGAACGCGAUACUGCAGCCAGACCUUCAGAUUGCUGUGCCAGGGUCGUCGUCGGAGGUGAAGCCAAUAAAGCCGUCCAACAGCGCCAAGCAGGCGUGGGUGAACUACGCCACGGACGUGCUGAUGCACACCAUAUGCACCUUCUUCAACUCGCCCUUCAGCGACCAGAGCACCACUGUUCAGACCCGGCAGUCAAUCUUCGUGAAGCUGCUACAGACAACGUUCAGCAUCUACAAGUGUCCCUGGCUCACUCCGCCGCAGAAACUUAACGUGGAAAAGUGUAUACGGACCCUGAGCGAAGUUGCCAAAACCAGAAGUAUAGCCAUCCCUCUGGAAUUGGAAGCGAAAAUCCAAACAGUGUUCGAGAAAGCCGCAGCGCUGUCCCGACAGACCAGCAAAUGGCUGCUCGCGUCCAAAACCGCCAAGCUGGAGAAAAUGGCUUCACAGACAAACCUACAAAACGACCGCUCAGUAAUGGAGGGACUCCAAGAAAUAGUGGCACUUCUAGAAGAGCAGCUCCGGCCGUUGCUGCAAGCGGAGCAGUCACUUCUAGUCGACAUACUGUACAAGCCACAUCGUCUCUUCACCAGCUCUGGGGAGCUGUCGCAUCCAGACACUAGUGGGAUUUUUAUAUCCAGAUUGAUCCGCCACACGGAGAAGCUUCUAGAAGAGAAGGAGGAGAAGUUGUGCGUCAAAGUGCUGCGGACGCUGCGAGAGAUGAUGGCCACAGAUCCUGAAUAUGGGGAAAAGGGCAAUCAGUUGCGCAGCGAAUUACUGUCGCAGUACUUCGUGGAUCGCAAGUCUGAGCCCAAGAUACAGAGUCCGACCAGCCUCAUGGUCACACACGGACCUGGCGAAACCGCGCCGCUCCAGCCGAAGAAAGCGAAGGUGUUGCUGCGCACGGGGCAGAGCCUGGCGCAGGUGCAGGCGCACCUGGACAAGGAGGGCGCCUCCGACCUGGUAGUAGAGCUGGUCAUCAACAGCACCAACCGACCAGCCAUCUUCCUAGAGGCCAUACAGCUGGGUAUUGCUCUCCUGGAAGGCGGCAAUCCAAUAAUUCAGCGUAGCAUCUUCACAAAGCUUCAGAAUGGCGAAAUAUCGAAUGCAUUUUUAAAGGUGUUCUACGACAAGAUGCGCGAGGCGCAGCAGGAGAUCCGCUCGCUCGCCGUCAACAGCACUGCCACAACCACCACGGACAAGCGCUCCUCGUCCGCUGACAAGCACAAGUCCAACAGCGCUGAUGGUAAGGCGGCGCCCGGGCCCAUGGUGGUGGGCGAGGAGAUGGACGAGGAGGUGACCACCGCGUGCGGCUCGGCUGUCCACGCCUACUCCGACAUACACACCAUGUCGCAUGGUACCACAGUGCUAGAAGAAAUCAUGGCAGAGAAGAAACGCGAGUCAGGCAACGCUGACGUGCUGCCAGCUAAGGUUGCUGUGAUGAGACCCAUCCUGCGAUUCUUGCAGCUGCUGUGUGAAAACCACAAUCCGAAUUUGCAGAAUCUCCUGCGGAAUCAAAAUAACAAAUCAAACUACAACCUCGUGUCAGAGACACUGAUGUUCCUGGAUUGUAUUUGCGGGUCCACCACCGGGGGCCUGGGGCUCCUCGGACUUUACAUCAACGAGGGAAAUGUGGCACUCAUCAACCAAACUUUGGAGACGCUCACGGAAUAUUGUCAAGGCCCCUGUCACGAGAACCAGAACUGCAUAGCGAUGCACGACAGCAAUGGGCUGGACAUCAUAACGGCUCUGAUACUGAAUGACAUCAACCCGCUGGGCAAGACGCGCAUGGACCUCGUGCUCGAGCUGAAGAACAACGCGUCCAAGCUGCUGCUCGCCAUCAUGGAGUCCAGGAACGACUCCGAGAACAACGCCGAGAGGAUCCUGUAUAACAUGAACCCUAAACAGUUGGUCGACGUAGCGUGUUCCGCCUUCCAUCAAGAGAACUGUAUGGACGCGGAUUCGGAUUCCGAGGAAGACGCGCCUAUACAGGGUGUGUCUCCCAAGGAAAUAGUCCGCAAAGACCGGAGCAUGGAGCAAAUCGUGUUCCCCAUUCCCGAGAUCUGCGAGUACCUGCCAGCGGACAGCAAAGCCCGCGUGCUGCAGACGGCGGAGUGCGACGAGAAGGGCAGCAAGGUUGCGGACUUCUUCGCUCGCCUCGACAACCUGUUCCACGAGAUGAAGUGGCAGAAGAAGCUGCGCGGUCAACCGUUCCUAUUUUGGGUGUCGUCCUACAUGUCCCUGUGGAGCAAUGUGCUAUUCAACUUCGCCGUGCUCAUCAAUGUCAUCGUCGCGUUCUUCUAUCCCUUCCGAGAGGAGCAUCUUGAGCUAGGCCAGCACCUGUCGCUGGUGGUGUGGUGCGCCACGCUGGCGGCGGGCGCGCUGGUGACGUGGCUGCCGCGCAGCUCGGGCGCGCGCGCUCUGCUGGCCACGGGUAUCGUGCGCCUGCUGUUCUCCGCCGGCCCGGAGCCCACUCUGUGGGCUUUGGGCAUGUUCACUAUAGUGGUGAAAGGCGUCCACCUGGUCAGCAUUAUGGGUAACCGCGGCACGCUGUCCAAGUCCACCCGCAGCGUGCUCACCGACCCAGAGCUGCUGUACCACGGCGUCUACCUCAUCUUCUGCUUCCUCGGCAUCUGCUGGCAUCCGUUCUUCUUUUCUGUUCUGCUGCUGGACCUGGUGUACCGCGAGGAGACGCUGCUGAACGUGAUGCGCUCGGUGACGCGCAACGGGCGCUCCAUCCUGCUGACGGCGGUGCUGGCGCUGGUGCUGGUCUACAUGUUCUCCAUCGUGGGCUACAUGUUCUUCCGUGACGACUUCCUCGUCAGCGUCGACCGGCUGGACGAUGACGACGAUCCAUUAUUCGAGCCGGACAAAUGCACGUCUGGCGAGGACCCCGCAGCCAAGUACCAGCGCGCGGCGCAGACCCGCUUCGUGUCCAUCGGAGGAGAGCUGAGGGAGAGGAGCUGCGACUCGCUCAUCAUGUGCAUCAUCACUACCCUCAACCUGGGGCUGAGGAACGGCGGCGGGAUUGGAGACAUCCUGCGCUCGCCGGCCAGCUUUGAGCCGCUGUACGUCGGGCGCGUGGUGUACGACCUGGUGUUCUACUUCGUGGUGAUUGUCAUCGUGCUGAACCUCAUCUUCGGUGUGAUCAUCGACACGUUCGCCGACCUGCGUAGCGAGAAGCAGCAGAAGGAACUAAUUCUGAAGAACACUUGCUUUAUAUGUGGACUGAACCGCUCUGCCUUCGACAACAAGAAAGUUUCGUUCGAAGAGCACAUAAAGAGCGAACACAACAUGUGGCACUACCUGUACUUCAUGGUGCUGGUGCGCGUCAAGGACCCCACCGAGUUCACCGGGCCCGAGAGCUACGUGCACUCCAUGAUCAAGACCAAUAACCUGGACUGGUUCCCGCGUCUGCGCGCGCUGUCGCUGAUGGGCGGCGGGCAGGGCGAGGGCGGCGAGCUGGAGCUGCGCAACCUGCAGGCGCAGCUGGAGCGGGCGCAGGGCGCUGUGCGCGCGCUCACCGACUUGCUCACGGAUCUGCGGGAUCAGAUGACGGAACAACGCAAACAGAAGCAGAGAAUCGGACUGCUCAACUCUACGUCUGCGUACUUGCAGAACUUGCAGAUGAACAUGCCGCCGUGAAACAAUACUCCGUGCCACAUAUAACUAUAAUUGUUGGUGUUUGUCCGACGACGUUUUUGUUUUAUUUAUUGACGUUUACAGUUCCGUUUGACAGGGAUUUUGUUAGAGCUUAAAGCAUUGACCUCUUAUAAUAAACGGACGCACAAUCAUGUAGAAAAUUUUACUUGAAAACUGGCUAAUUUUACUUUGACAGUUUACGAAUUAUUGGUAAAGAAAAUUAUACUUGAAGGCUUUUA